GCUUGAGGUCGAAGAUAGGGCCCAACGCCAUGUCUUGCACUUGAAUCGUAGUUUCCAGCGACAAGACUCUUUCUGGUCAUUUUUCCCUUUGUGCGCUCCUUGCCUGUUAAGAAGAAUUACUGGUCAUAGUUCUGACUCGUUGGAAUUGUCAACUUCGGUUUCUACAUCCUUCGAAACCACGUUCUUGUGGUACGAGGUACGGGCGCAUCUGUGUCGAGGGUGGGUCUCUCAGCACUGCCAGUUUCAACCCUGCUUCCCUCAGCUUGACCUCUUCCCGUCACUCUUCGACUUGCCCAUCAACCUCUCGACCUUUCUCUGUACUACCCGAGAGGUCUGUAUAUCUAUCAGUACUUCAACCAGCCAUUCAUUUCAAUAUUUCACCCUUAACCGUCCCAACAGGUAUCGUCGCAGGCUCAAUGUUCGUAUCCUCGACGAUGCCUGGACGGUAGUGCCGGAUACCACUGUCAUUGCCUUUGCGCAGCCUCUCCUCCAGUCUGUUUCGAUCAUAGGAUUACUGCAAAAAGUCGCGGUCGCUGUCAGAAGCGUUUGCCCAUCAGCAUCAACCUCAAGCCUAGAAAACCGAGUCCUUCCGAACCCUCCUAUUGCUCGACCCUUUCCUGUCUGACAAUCCAGGCCUAAAAGGAGGGAUACCAAGAGAAGAACGGAGACGUCCUCGAUCAUCAGGUGCAAUGCAAGUCUCCAGCCUGCUCUCUAACGAGGAGCAUACACCACCCAAAAAGAUGCCUCCUGCAAAAUCGAUCUCUUUCGAACUCCUCCUAGACGAGGGCUCAAAGACAAGGGCACGCAUUCCUCUUAGGGUUGUGUUAAACACCCAUGACAGUGCUGAGUCUAUCAUCACUACGGUGAAGAAUUUCUAUGGCAUAUACGAUGGCAGAGGAGUGAGCUUCGAAGACGCACUAGGGAUUACACUCAUUCCCUCUUACGAGAACUUGGCGCCUGAUUCGACUGUCUAUGUGAGAAUUGUGCCAGCUCCUCAACAAGCCAUGGGAACGUACACUCACCCAGCCUACUGCAAUGAGAAUGGAUAUGAGCCAAGACGCCGACCGAGUUUAGGUGAACCUUUCCAGAUGUUGCCGCCUCACAUGCGGGAACUGUCUCACUCACCCUCGAGGUCGGCGUCUCGGCUCGCUCGAAAGAGAAGUGUCUCUCCUACACAAGGCCGAGGGCGAAGAAGUGCGUCGCAACAAAAAGGAGGCUCGUUUCCGACCGCCAGUCGAGGCUCUAGUGCCAAUGGCAGCUACCACGAAGACGACGGUUACAGUGACAGCGAAGCUGGGCGCAGUUCAGUCUCUGGAUCCAAGAAAGCCAGAAGCGAACAGUUUGUGAGUUCAGAGAUCAGCACUGCCAAUGUGCUACAAGAUGGUAGGCGCGGCCAGACCAUUUUCGAUAGCUCGACCUUGCCUCUCUUCGUUCCUCCACAAGUCCCAGUAACUGCAUCACAAUCCUCCAUAUCACCUCAGCGAAGAUCGCUUCCGCAAGAAGGUCCCUCACCGUUCCAUCCUCCGGCCCAAAAGUUCGGACUGCAACAAAUCCCAAUACUGUCCCCACAGACCUAUGGGCCAAUUCAUAAUGCGUAUGGGUCAGGCGUAGGCGCCGAGAUGGGGACACCUGUACCUCAACAUGGCCAUCGGCUGCGAGACAGAUCUAUCUUGCACCAAGGCCACAGUGGGCGACAAGGAAGUGGAGUGCUGCCUACCCCUGAUCCUACUGUCGCAAGUUGCAUCUCGGAUGAAGAUGUCGCCCGCACGCUGAUCGCCCUUGGAGACGCUUCCAACUACUCACAUGGACGUACCUCGAAUUCGACUCUCGAUGAAACAUUCAGCGGCGCCGCCGAUGCUGCUUCAUCGACCGGUGCAACCAGCGAUAGUGAGGAAUAUGGCGAUGCAGAAGGAGGCUUGCCUAAGUAUACAAAAGUCUUGGAGGAUGAGGAUGAGGACUAUGAUCAGAGCAGUCCCGCUCGGGAGCAAGAUGAUUACGAGGGCCAGCCAAAGAUCAAAAAGAUCAAAACCAAGAUGCAUGAUGGCCCAAGCAAUGGCUACCGAGCAACACCGAACUCAUCCUUGAAGAAUGGAAAAUCUUCCAAGAUACGCUCCAACACUCUACCAAAGACUGCCAAACACUCAGUUCAGCCAAGUCUAAGCAAGGUCACCUCUGCGCCCACUGCUGGGGGGCAAGCUCGAAAGUUGUCUGGGUCGAGCGUCAAUUUCCAGCAUCAAUUGGGCGCGGACGAAGAUGACCUUUCCUCCAAACCUCGUUGCCAACGAUGUCGAAAGAGCAAAAAAGGUUGCGAUCGUCAACGACCUUGCGGACGAUGUAAAGAUGCGGGCAUUGGCAUUGAGGGAUGCAUCAGUGAGGAUGAAGGUAAUGGUCGCAAAGGCCGUUAUGGUCGGCACAUGGGUGUUCCUGUCAAGAAGUCAGCCGGCGACGACUUGGACGAAGAGGAGUCCGUCAUGACCGGCCCCGGUGCACUGAUGGGCGGUGCGCUUGUCAGCAGCAGCCCCGAUAAGAGCAAGAAGAGAAAGAGAUGAUCAGCGGCGUCGUUCGUUGUAUAUUGAGAGUGUUACAGCAAGGAUUCUGGGAAUCACCAAAAGCAAGUCAUGGUCAACAGGUAUAGAAUGGGAUUGUCGACCAUCUGAGAUAGGAUCAAAGGGACCGCGAGGCCUUUCGACGGGAUGAGAAGAUUGACCACGAUGGCGAGUGUCUUAUUUGCUUUGUGUUCAUGUUUGUCUGAACUGGAAGUACAAUGGAUUCCAGGGCCUGAAGGAGGAAUAGUGGCGGGACAUUGCAGUCUGUCUCCUUUUAUUUGAAGUUUUUGGUACGGACAAGAGUAGGCGAAUUUUGUGGAUUGUCGUUUCCGAAGCAAGAGGUUGAUCCUGGAUUCAAUCGCGUUCAUGAGUGCACGAAAUGAGAAGACUUUGAUUGUCAUUGGGAAUCUGAUCUGAUCUUUUACAUGACCUUCACACCACAUCAAAUGAAGGCCCAAGUUAUUACGAGCACUUUGGUAUACCAGAGUGACCAGGCGAGACUGCAUCGCGAGAUCGUACGAAUCCAGUGGCUCACCACGUGAUCAUGUGCUUACCUAAUUAC